UACAGCGGGCACACUGUAGCCUAAUCUGGAUUUGAGUGCACUUUUUCCGUUUUGUUUGUGUUUUAUUUAACGCCCUAUCUGCCCUGCACUGAUUCAGCGUUGACAUGACGACGGUGAGGACGAGCGACUGCAUUUAGGACGCUGCCAGCCACGAGCGAUGACCGUUUGGGGCAUAGAAGCCAUCACUCUGAACGGAUCGGCAACAAGGGCAGCCAGUGAGCGUCUGCGAGGGAACCCUGGUGUGAUUGCGGACACGGGAGCAAUGAACUCGGUGGAGCGCUACCGGCAGGAGUGGGAGCAGCUGCUGAAGAGUCUCGAUGGCGAGCCUGAAAGCCUGCGGCAGGCGGCCUUCGCCGGGGACCUCAAGAUGUCCAAGUUCCGUAGCAUUCACUGGGCUCUGCUGCUACGAGUCCUGACCUCGGAGCACCGCAGCUGGAUCAGCCAGCGGCUACACCAGCGGGUGCGGUACGAUAAGUUCCGGGCGGACUACGUGAGGAAUCCCCACCAGCUGGCAGGGGAUUGCAUCGAUGACCCGUUGUCACAGUCCACGCAAAGCGUGUGGAACCAGUACUUCAGCGACCAAGAACUCUUCGCCGUCAUAAGGCAGGACGUGGUGCGGACCUUCCCGGGUGUGGACUUCUUCCGAAAGCCCUUGGUGCAGAAUGCAAUGGUGAACAUACUGUUCUACUACGCCAGGGAGCAUCCGUACAUGUGCUACAGGCAGGGAAUGCACGAGAUCCUGGCCCCGAUCAUCUUUGUGGUAUACAGCGAUCACCAGUCCCUGUUGCACUUCAGUGAGCUGGCCAAGACCGACAUCAAUCCGACGCUGCUGGACGUUCUGGAUCCCGCUUAUCUGGAGGCGGACACCUACUCGUUGUUCUCCCGCCUGAUGGCUUCGGUGGAGUCGUACUAUCGCGUCUCCAAUCUGAUCUCCACUCCCGGUGGCCAUAUCGAGCAGCGGGCCGAGGCCCCCGGGGAGAAUGAGCCCCAGACGGAGGCGGAGGUUAUCAGCCAGCUGAACUUUAUACGGGACAAAAUACUCGCCAAGCAGGACCAGCACUUGCAUCACUAUCUACAAAAGAUGGAAAUCCCGCUGCACAUAUUCGGCAUCCGCUGGCUACGACUCCUCUUUGGUCGGGAGUUCAUGCUGCUAGACCUGUUGCUGCUGUGGGACGCAAUCUUCGCGGACAGUGACCGCUUCGACCUGCCCAACUACAUUCUAGUGGCCAUGCUGGUCCACAUUCGAGAUAAGCUGCUGCUCAGCGACUACACAACUUCGUUGACGUAUCUAAUGCGCUAUCCCGGCAAUGUGGACGUACACUUGGUGCUGCGGCAUGCUCUCUUCAUGCUUAACCCGAAAAAGUUCGACUAUCCCGCGAAUGCCUUCGCCUGUGUGUCGUUCGCCAACCACUCAACAGGCAAAGAAGGAGUACCACCGCCCACUGGGACGCGACCUCGCACUACUUCAGAGUCCUCAUCGGGGGCGACCAGCGGGAGUCAGAUUGAUCGGCAGAUCACCUACAUGCAGGAGCGCAAUGCGGCGGACUCCUCGGCCCUGGCUAAGCUGCAGGACUCCCAUCGAGUGGCCAUGGACGGUUACCUGGAGAAUAGUCCCGAGCUCCUUCGCCUGGAACUGAAGAAUGCCCAAACAGUGAUUAAGAUUGCGCGGAGCAAGCUACAAACCUAUCUGGGGACCGUCCGUCACCAUGUGGCCAAGCAGGCGAACGGAAACGAAGAGCUCGGCCGCACUCUAGAUGGAAUCGAGGAGCUGUGUAGCUUCCUGGACGUCAAGUUCAUGUUUCCGCUGCACACGCGUUCGGCCCCCAUCGAUCAGGCCUUGGAGGCCAAUGAGCAGAAGCAACCGAAUAGGAGUAGCAUUUCGCCAAAGGCUGCACCUCCAGCUCCGACGCCUGCACCAACAGCAUCCUCAAUCCCUGGGUGCUAUGAGAUGCCCGAGAACGCCUUCAUGCACAGCUCUAUGCGGCGUCUUCUUGGCGAACUGCGGGAAAUUGAGCUGUCAACGAUAACGAGUGACGAGAAGCCGGGCGAAUCGGUGGUCCAGAAUGGCUUGCCGGCUGCAGAGCCCCAGCAGCGACAUCAAGACGAACCGAGCUGAUCGUAGCGACUGAUCUUGAAUUUAGACUUAGUCAAGAGCAACCACCAAGUGGCCGAAUCAGAAUAACUGGAGAGUAACAUAUAGACAUACAGUUUAACUAUACUUUAGACCUGGCAAAAGUCUGUAAACUAAAUAAAUUUAUCAACUUUUUGAAGUGCUUAUAAAGAAAA